AUGGCUACUGAACCUGAAUUCCAACAAGCAUACCACGAAAUCGUUUCUGCUUUAGAAAACUCCACUUUAUUCGAAAAACAUCCAAAAUACAAGAAGGUCUUACCAGUUGUCUCAGUCCCAGAAAGAAUCAUUCAAUUUAGAGUCACCUGGGAAAACGACAGGGGUGAACAAGAAGUCGCUACUGGUUACAGAGUCCAAUACAAUUCUGCUAAGGGUCCAUACAAAGGUGGUUUAAGAUUCCAUCCAUCCGUUAACUUGUCUAUUUUGAAAUUCUUGGGUUUUGAACAAAUUUUUAAGAAUGCCUUGACUGGUCUGGAUAUGGGUGGUGCUAAAGGUGGUCUGUGUGUCGACUUGAAAGGCAGAUCUGAUAAUGAAAUCAGAAGAAUUUGUAGUGCUUUCAUGAGAGAAUUAUCCAGACAUAUCGGCCAAGAUACUGAUGUCCCAGCUGGUGAUAUCGGUGUCGGUGGCCGUGAAAUCGGUUACUUAUUCGGUGCUUUUAGACAGUACAGAAAUUCUUGGGAAGGUGUUUUAACCGGGAAGGGUUUGAACUGGGGUGGUUCUUUAAUCAGACCAGAAGCUACCGGUUACGGUACUGUUUAUUUCACACAAGCUAUGAUUGACUAUGCUACCAAGGGUAAGGAGUCCUUUGCUGGUAAAAGGGUCGCCAUCUCUGGUGCAGGUAACGUUGCCCAAUAUGCUGCUUUAAAAGUUAUUGAAUUAGGUGGUAUUGUCGUCUCUUUAUCCGACUCCAAAGGUUGCAUUAUCUCUGAAACUGGUAUCACUGCUGAACAAGUUGCUGCUAUCGCCGAAGCUAAGGUCCUUUUCAAGACCCUCGAACAAAUUGUUUCUGAAUAUUCUGCUUUCACUGAAAAUAAGGUUAAAUAUCUGGCCGGCGCUAGACCAUGGGCGCAUGCUGGUCCGGUUGACAUUGCUUUGCCAUGUGCUACUCAAAAUGAAGUAUCUGGUGAUGAAGCUAAAGGUUUAGUCGCUGCUGGUGUGAAAUUUGUCGCCGAAGGUUCCAAUAUGGGUUGUACUCCAGAGGCUAUCAACGUCUUUGAAACUGCUCGUGCAACCGCUCAAAGUCCAUCUGAAGCUGUUUGGUACGCUGUCGGUAAGGCCUCAAACUGUGGUGGUGUUGCCUGUUCUGGUCUUGAAAUGGCCCAGAACUCUCAAAGAGUCCGUUGGACCAGAGAAACUGUCGAUAAGGAAUUGAAGAAGAUUAUGAUCAACUGUUUCAAUGAAUGUGUUGCUGCUGCUCAAGAAUACAGUAAUGAAACUAAUAAGAAUGCAUUACCAUCUAUUGUUAAGGGUGCUAACAUUGCCGGUUUCGUCAAGGUUGCUGACGCUAUGUACGAUCAAGGUGAUGUUUUCUAA